CUUCUCCGCCCACGCCGCCUCCGCAGCGGCGGCAGCAGCAGCAGCAGCAGCAGCAGCAGUAACAGCAGCAGCGGCAGCAGCCUCCGGGGCUUCCCGGCCCCAAUCAUCCUGCGGAGUCUCGGGGUCCGCGGGCGGCGGAUGAUGGAGCCGGGGGCGUCGCAGCCCGCGGCCCCCGCGCUGGGGCGAGCCCGGACCGGCGGGGGCGGGGGCGCCUCCUCCUGGCUGCUGGAUACCCCCAGCUGGCUGCUCGGCUACGGAUUCCUCUACCUGGUGCUCUACGCUCAGGUGUCCCAGUCCAAGCCGUGCGACAGGAGCUCCUCCUGCUUCUCGGGCCGCUGUGUCAACGCCACCUGCCUCUGCGACCAGGGCUGGGUGGGGGACCAGUGCCAGCACUGCCAGGGCAGGUUCAAGUUAACAGAGCCCUCUGGAUAUUUAACAGAUGGACCAAUUAACUACAAAUAUAAAACUAAAUGUACAUGGCUAAUUGAAGGCUAUCCAAAUGCAGUCCUAAGAUUAAGAUUCAACCAUUUUGCUACGGAAUGUAGUUGGGACCAUAUGUAUGUUUAUGAUGGAGAUUCAAUAUAUGCACCUUUAAUAGCUGUGCUUAGUGGCCUGAUAGUCCCUGAAGUACGGGGGAAUGAAACAGUACCUGAAGUUGUUACUACAUCUGGCUAUGCCCUGCUUCACUUUUUCAGUGAUGCUGCGUAUAACCUAACUGGUUUCAACAUUUUUUAUUCAAUUAAUUCCUGUCCUAACAAUUGCUCUGGGCACGGGAAAUGCACAACCAGUGUUUCCAUUCCAAGUCGGGUAUAUUGUGAGUGUGACAAGUAUUGGAAAGGUGAAGCAUGUGACAUCCCUUACUGUAAAGCUAAUUGCGGCAGUCCAGAUCAUGGCUACUGUGAUCUAACAGGAGAAAAAUUAUGCGUCUGCAAUGAUAGCUGGCAAGGUCCUGAUUGUUCUUUGAAUGUACCUUCCACGGAGUCCUACUGGAUUCUUCCAAAUGUAAAACCCUUCAGUCCUUCUGUCGGUCGGGCUUCACACAAGGCAGUUUUACAUGGAAAAUUUAUGUGGGUGAUUGGUGGAUAUACUUUUAACUACAGUUCUUUUCAAAUGGUCUUAAAUUACAAUUUAGAAAGCAGCAUCUGGAAUGUGGCACCUAUAUCAAGGGGACCUCUCCAGAGAUAUGGACACUCUCUUGCUUUAUAUCAGGAAAAUAUCUUCAUGUAUGGAGGCAAAAUUGAAACAAAUAAUGGCAAUGUCACAGAUGAAUUGUGGGUUUUCAACAUACAUAGUCAGUCAUGGAGUACAAAAACCCCCACUGUCCUUGGACACGGUCAGCAGUAUGCUGUGGAGGGACACUCAGCACAUAUUAUGGAGCUGGAUAGUAGAGAUGUUGUCAUGAUCAUAAUUUUUGGAUACUCGGCAGUAUAUGGUUAUACAAGCAGCAUACAGGAAUACCAUAUCUUGUCUAAUACCUGGCUUGUUCCAGAAACAAAAGGGGCAAUUGUGCAAGGUGGAUAUGGCCACACAAGUGUAUAUGAUGAAAUGACAAAGUCCAUUUAUGUACAUGGAGGUUAUAAAGCUUUGCCAGGCAACAAAUAUGGACUAGUAGAUGACCUUUAUAGAUAUGAAGUUAAUACCAAGACAUGGACUGUUUUGAAAGAAAGUGGGUUUGCCAGAUAUCUUCACUCAGCUGUCCUAAUCAAUGGCGCUAUGCUCAUUUUUGGAGGAAACACUCAUAAUGAUACUUCCCUGAGUAAUGGUGCAAAAUGCUUUUCUGCUGAUUUCCUGGCAUAUGAUAUAGCUUGUGAUGAAUGGAAAAUUUUACCUAAACCCAAUCUUCAUAGAGAUGUCAACAGAUUCGGGCACUCAGCAGUCGUUGUUAAUGGGUCUAUGUAUAUAUUUGGGGGAUUUUCUAGUGUCCUUCUUAAUGAUAUCUUAGUUUAUAAGCCUCCAAAUUGCAAGGCUUUUAGAGAUGAGGAACUUUGUAAAAAUGCUGGUCCAGGGAUAAAAUGUCUUUGGAACAAGAAUCACUGUGAAUCUUGGGAAGCUGGACAUCACAAUAAUAUUCUUAGAGCAAAAUGUUCCCCCAAAACUGUUGCCACUGAUGACAGAUGUUACAGAUAUGCAGACUGUGCCAGCUGUACUGCCAAUACAAAUGGGUGCCAAUGGUGUGAUGACAAGAAGUGUAUUUCAGCAAAUAGUAACUGCAGUAUGUCAGUCAAAAACUUCACCAAAUGUCAUGUCAAAAAUGAACAGAUCUGUAAUAAACUGACCAGCUGUAAAAGUUGUUCAUUAAACCUAAACUGCCAAUGGGACCAACGUCAGCAAGAGUGUCAGGCUUUACCAGCUCAUCUUUGUGGAGAGGGAUGGAAUCAUAUUGGAGAUGCAUGCCUUCGAAUAAAUUCCAGCAAAGAAAACUAUGACAAUGCUAAACUGUAUUGCUACAGCCUGAGUGGAAACCUUGCUUCAUUGACAAGCUCAAAAGAAGUAGAAUUUGUUUUGGAUGAAAUACAAAAGUAUACACAACAGAAAGUAUCUCCUUGGGUCGGAUUACGCAAGAUCAAUAUAUCCUAUUGGGGAUGGGAAGACAUGUCUCCUUUCACAAAUACAACCCUACAAUGGCUUCCUGGUGAACCAAAUGACUCUGGAUUCUGUGCAUAUCUAGAAAGAGCUGAGGUAGCAGGCCUAAAAGCUAACCCUUGCACAUCUGUGGCAGAUGGCCUUGUCUGUGAAAAGCCUGUUGUUAGUCCAAACCAAAAUGCAAGGCCUUGUAAAAAGCCAUGUUCAUUAAGGACAACGUGUUCUAACUGCACAAGCAAUGGCAUGGAAUGUAUGUGGUGCAGCAGCACAAAACGAUGUGUUGACUCAAAUGCCUACAUAAUCUCUUUUCCAUAUGGGCAAUGCCUGGAAUGGCAAACUGCCACUUGUUCCCCUCAAAAUUGUUCUGGAUUAAGAACAUGUGGACAGUGUUUAGAACAACCUGGAUGUGGUUGGUGCAAUGAUCCUAGUAACACAGGGAAAGGACACUGCAUUGAAGGCUCUUCAAGGGGACCCAUGAAACUUGUUGGGAUGCAUACCAGUGAGAUGACCCUUGACACAAGUCUUUGCCCCAAAGAGAAAAAUUACGAAUGGUCUUUUAUCUAUUGCCCAGCUUGCCAGUGUAAUGGACAUAGCACUUGCAUCAACAAUAACGUGUGUGAGCAGUGUAAAAAUCUUACUACAGGGAAGCAGUGUCAGGAUUGUAUGCCAGGAUACUAUGGAGAUCCAACCAAUGGAGGACAAUGUACAGCUUGUACAUGUAGUGGUCAUGCAAAUAUUUGUCAUAUGCACACAGGAAAAUGCUUCUGCACAACUAAAGGAAUAAAAGGAGAUCAGUGCCAGUUAUGUGAUUCUGAAAAUCGUUAUGUUGGUAACCCUCUCAGAGGAACUUGUUACUACAGCCUUUUGAUUGACUACCAGUUUACCUUCAGUUUGUUACAGGAAGAUGAUCGCCAUCAUACAGCCAUAAACUUCAUAGCCAAUCCAGAACAGUCAAACAAAAAUUUGGAUAUUUCCAUUAAUGCAUCAAACAACUUUAAUCUGAACAUUACAUGGUCCAUUAGUUCAACAGCUGGAACAAUAUCUGGAGAGGAAAUUCUGCUAAUUUACAGAGUGAAAAUAAAGGAAUUCAGAGAUAGUUUUUCCUGUGAAAAAUUUAAUUUCAGAGGCAAUCCUAACAUCACAUUCUAUGUAUAUGUCAGCAACUUUUCUUGGCCAAUUAAAAUACAGAUUGCAUUCUCACAGCACAAUACUAUCAUGGAUCUUGUGCAAUUCUUUGUCACCUUCUUCAGUUGUUUCUUAUCUCUCUUACUGGUAGCUGCUGUUGUCUGGAAGAUCAAGCAAACUUGUUGGGCUUCUCGACGGAGAGAGCAACUGCUUCGAGAAAGACAGCAGAUGGCCAGCCGCCCCUUUGCUUCUGUUGAUGUGGCCGUGGAAGUGGGAACUGAACAAACAGACUUUCUACGAGGGACAUUAGAGGGUGCACCCAAACCGAUUGCUGUCGAGCCAUGUGCAGGGAACAAAGCAGCAGUUCUGACUGUGUUUCUCUGUCUCCCAAGAGGACCAUCAGGUGUCCCACCCCCUGGUCAAUCAGGUCUUGCGAUCGCCAGUGCCCUCAUUGACAUUUCACAGCAGAAGCCAGCAGAUAGUAAAGAUAAGUCUUCAGGAGUCCGAAAUCGAAAACAUCACCUUUCAACACGUCAAGGAACUUGUGUCUGAGGUCCAGAAACUGCACUUGUAUAGUCUGUAUUAUUUUUCUUUUCAAAUGGCUUCCAUUGAAAGCUAUCCCACAGCCUCAGUUUUUAUGGAGGUGAAAAUCUCUGAACACAAGUUCAGAGCCCUGGUCCUUUCAUACGUGCAGCCAGCCGCACUCCAAACCAGAGCACCUUGUGGGCCCAAAUGCAGUCAUGAAAUGACCUUUUAUAGGAGCAACAGAACUGAAGUUCACAAACAACAAAGUCCCUUUUUACAUUAACCUUAAGCAUAUCAGAGAUACAUUUGCAUCAGUCAUGGAAAAAGCUGUAUGUAGAUUAUUUCCUAAUGAGGACAGAGGGUAAGCAUAAUCCUUGGGGGGUGGGGGAGAAACUGUUAUGAAACAGAAAAAAAAGUUUGUUUGUUUGUUUAUUUUUAAUUCCUGAAUGAUCAGAAUUAUACCAUUUUCUCCAUAUAAGCAAAUUUAGACUAACCAAACAUAACCAGGAAAUGAAUCCAUUGCUAUGGAUUUAGAUAUUGUUUUUUCUCACUGUUAACGUGAGAACGAAUCACUAAGUUAGUAGAAUGUAGAUAUUGCAUUAAACUCUUUGAUAGGGCCAUAUUAUGUCAGAAAACAGGCUGGGAACAUCAAGAUUAUUUACCCGACUGGAAAGGAGACUCAGCUGAGCUAGGUUUGGUGGAGACCGUGUGCCCUUCCACAAAAGGCUUAUUAGAAUUCUGAGUGAAGAGAACAUCCCUGCCUUCCAUGCCAACUGACUAACUCAUUAUCAGAGCUGAUAGAGCAUGGAAAAGCCUGUCCAGCAAUCAAUUUCUCCCUUCUUUCCCCAAACAGCCUCCAAUAUUUCAAACCUAAAGAGAGCAUAAAUUGUUAUUUUAUAAGUAUGCAAGCUUCUGUUCCAGUAUGGAAAUGUUUUAAUUGCCGAGGACUCAUUGCCUCACACCAAAAAUGACCUACCUGCAGUUUUGCCAAAAGUAUAAUCUUCAUUUGGUGUUCCUCUCCGGGUUGCUGAAUUUUAUUUUGUCUGUACCUUCCACAAAUGGAACAAGCUAUAUAUUUUAAAACUGACACUUCCCAAUUUACAAUGUGACCUCAGUUCCACAUGCCAACUGUUUCACUUAGAAUAUGAUUUGAGAAGAACAUUUGGUCGCCAAUGCCAACAGCAUUCUUGCCUCUAAAUAUGAGUCCAAGAUACCGAGUGGGCCUCUAUGACCAGAUUACUGGCCUACAGCUAACACAAUUCCUUAAAGGGCCGAAACUUACCAUAUUCUCAAGGACUGAAACAUCUGAACCAAGACAAAAAGAAAAAGGAUUUUACAAUAGACAUGUUGAACUGCAUCUUAUUCUUAUGUGGCCAAUAGCAGAUGGUUCAAGCUCAGUACUUCUCCUAGAGCUUGAUUGGAAUUGCAGUUUCUCAAAUUAAUGUGGAGAACAGCAGCAGAGGUGUCCCAUGCCUCUUAUAAAUGACAAUCUUACUAAAAAAGAAAAGAUUUUAAAUUAUAAUUGAUGUUCAAUACUUGAUCUGUAUCUUCUAUUUUCUUUUGAUUUCAGGGAGAUAAUGACAUUUUGCUGUUUCCAACUGACUGCAUAGUCACUUGCAUGCCCUGAUGGUACACUAGCUGAAUAAGACCCUGUUGUGAAUUUCUGUGCUAUUUCAUGCCAUUUAUUUACAUAGAGAUUCAGCUUAAUUUUGAUGAGGACUGAACGUACAACUAUAUCAGAAAUGAUCAUAUAAUACGUAGUUACAUCUUAUACAGGACUGUUAGGUUUUAUCUAACCAUGACUGUCAGUGUUUUUAUAAUUAGGCAUUUAUGGAUUAUGAAUGAUAUGUAUCCCUUAUGUUGGCAUGACAGAGUAUUUUUCAUAUGUUAAAACAAGACUCAUCUUUAGAGUAAUACCAUCAAUAUCCUGUGAUUUUUUAAAUGUUAUUUUGAAUUUCCAUUAUUCCACACCAUAGGAAAAGGUCAAAUGGGAUUAUUUUUUAAACUUUUACUGGAAACAAUCAUUUAGUAUUACUAUCUUAGAAACAUUUAAACAAUUUUUUCUUUGAUGCUUUAAAUGGAGAUUUGUUCGAGGAAAGAUAAAUGGACAUAGUCACUUACAAUUGAACUAUGUAGCUGUGCUAUUUGUUUCAUUCUCCAAGAGUUUUCAAAUAGUUUAAUAGUAAUGAUACAAUUUUCUAGGUUUCAGGGGGAACCUGAGUUAACUGUAUGCUAGGAGAGUUUAAAAGAAUGGCAUUCCAUUAAAAGAAAGAUGAUUCUUUUCCACCUGAAAUCCAUCUUGGUUUGUAUAACCUGAAAAGGUUAACUUUUCAAGAUUAUAAUUUGUGUGAAAAUGUUUAAGAAUGACAAGCAUCAGUUAGAUAUUUCAUUAGGUUUAUUAAAGCCAUACUCAAUAUCUUAUACUGUGGUCAACAAUGAUACUUUUAUUAUGAAACAUUCUCAUAUCACGCUAAAGAGUUUCCUAAUAACAGAACUCUGCAUAUUUAGAUAUGUUCAUUUGGAAAGAGUCUUGGCAUUACCAGUAGUUAUCAGUCUCUGCCAUGGAUGUUUUGCUUAUUUAUCAGACCAGAUGUUAGGCUAUUGAAAAUAUGCAAUUGAUUGGGACAAAAUUUUAACAGCCUUAAUGACUGCUUCUCUUACCAGCACAUGCCCUAGAAAUAAUUAUUGUAAAUCACCCUAGUAUUGCUCAAGUUUAUAGGUUUUGUGGUUUUGCAGGUGUAGAAAUGUAUUGAUUAUUUAAAUGCAAUGAAAUAGUCAGAAUUAACCUGGAACACCUAUUUGAGAAGAGGCUAAGAAUACUUUUGUAUGGAAUAAAUGUGCUUCCAGAUGGGUUUGCUAGGUUUUAAAAUAACCAGGACUUUUAAAAUUGACUUAAUCAAAACCUAGUUCUAUAACCAUUGAGUGACCCUUAGAUACUUGUUCACCCAUUUCUAACAACUUGUUUUCCAAAUUCAUUCAUUGAUUUCUUGUCAAAAGUAAUUUUUCCUUGAUAGGAAAAUCAGCAGCUUUUUGCACAUAAACAUUGUAGGAAAAACCUUUUUGUUAAGAUUAAACUUAACCCGAGAUAUCAGAGCUCACCUAUGAGAUCUAGAAAUUGCUGAUGAUGUCCAUCAAUGGAUUGUGUUACAUGAAGUCAGUGCUUUGGUCAUUAUAAUUCCUUUAUAUAGAAAUAUGCAGGAAUCAAAAGUUAAAAAGUUCUAACAUACUAUAGAAACUAAAAUUUUGACGUACAAUGAGUUAGAAACAGGGCUUAAAGAUUCUUCUUUUUUUGGAAAUACAAGAAUUGGAGACUUCAAUUAUAGUGAAGGUCACAUUUGUGUUGGCCCUCUUCUUCAUAUUGUACAAAAAGUACAAUAACCAAGAUCCUGUAAAAAUCCACUCCCCUACCAUAUAAAAUUUGGUUAAUGUUUUUUGUAUUAGUAGAUUUCCUUACCUGUGAAAGAAAAGAAAUCUUCAUGUCUGUCUUCAUUCAUCUUGUAAUUCUUGGCCUUUUCUUCAGAUUCACUCAAUGGUGGACUGAGCAAUCAUAAUCAGGAUUGUUCAGAGGUGAGAAUAAGAGCAUAAUUCAGAAGAGGCCAAGUGCCUGGUGUCCCUGUCCUGGUUAUAGAAAGAGAGAUUGGCUAUAAAUAUCAAUACCUCUGUCCACAGUAAUGCAUGCAUUCUUUAAAUUAAUUGAUCUUAAUUAAUAGUAAAGUCAAGUGCUUGCAAAACACCUGAGUCUAGAACAGACCGGAGCUGUCAGUUUUGUUUAAUUUCAGUUAAUCACAAAACCACCACCACCUGUGCCAAUUUUUUUUUUUUCUGUGUGUGUGGUUUUCUAUCUUACCCUUACACAAUAUCCCACAGGAAGCAGCCAGUCACUUUCUUCUCAUUAUGGUUUUCCCUUCCACAUGUUGGGAAAAGAACCCAAAUACUCCAACUUUCUAAUAGUUAUUCCUAGUAUUCGUAUAGUGCUUUAAAAUUUGCCAAGUGAGAGAUAUAUGUACAUAUAUAACAUGCAUCUAUGUAGUCAUUUAAUCUUUAUAACAACCCUGUAAGGUAAGUACUGUUGUUCACUUCUAUUUGCAGAAGAGGAAACAGAAUAAGAGAGAUUCAGUGACUUUCCCAAGGUCACACAGCUAGCAAAUUAGGUAGAAUUUGAACUCAAGUCUUCCUGAUUCCAAGUCCAGUGACUUUUUCUCUCCUAAAUUGAGAGGUACACAUGACAACCAACAGAGGCAUUCUGGUCUGUUUUUCCUCCUUUUAUAUACCCCUCAAUCCAUUUAAUUCCUCAGUCCUUACUUUUCUCAUCUGUAAAAUAUAUGCAUCGGACUAGGUGACAUUUAAGGUCUUUUCCAGCUCAAAAUCAAUUACUCUUUCUCAUUGGCUGUCUUCAGAUGGUAGGUGACUGACUAUUUGUUGGGCACCUAGCAGUGAUUCUUAUUACUAUGCACUAGGGAGCCUCUCUGGACCCUUUGUAAAUGUAUGAUUCUGUCAAUGAUUCUGUAAGGUAGGUUAAUUGGAUGAAGGGUUGCCUGCAGGAAAGGACACUUAUUAGAUAGCCUUUGAGGUACAAGGUAUUGCAAGCCAAAAAGAACCCAUGCUGAAAAGGCCAGUUGCCAAAUGUGUCUGAAGCCAUUAAGAUUCUUCUGCAAUUGUGGAGGUAAUGGCUUGGGAAGGGAGUGGCCAUUUUCUGUCACAUCACUGGGUCUAAUCUUCAAGCAUCACAACCAAAAUCUGGUGAUGGUUAAAUGAGCCAUGGCUUUAUUGAAAUAAGUUUAUGGAGAUGUUCACACUAAAUAGAAAUAUCUACAACACAGACUUUUUAUUGCUUUAAACCAUUUUAACUAUGGGAAUUAUAAACUUUUUUACUCUCCCUAGAAGACAAACUUUCUUCACAGAAACCACCUCUUGUCUGUGCUUAAAAUGAAGCUCUGUCUGUUGAGAAUGAGACACUGAUUUUUUCCUCCAUGACUAGAGCUGAUCAAAAAAGAGAAAUGUUGGCUUCAAUUUUGCAGGAUCGAUUCCCUAGAUUUCUUCAUCAAGCCAAAUACCAAUGAAGCACAUCAUCCACAAUACUUGCCACUUGUCUGUACCUUCCCAUUAUACUUAGUUUUGGUUUGGCUUUUAACCAUUCCUGUUUAUGGCAAUAGCAGCCAUUUCACUCAGGCAGAACUGUUUAAAUACAAUAACUGGCUUUAAAAAAAAGUUUGAUAUGGCUGUGUGCAUGGUUAAUUGAUAUAAAGCCCCCUCACCUGUAUGCAUGAGGAAUGUCUGGAAUAUAUCUAAAAAAUAAUGAGUGAAUUCACAUAGCAUCUUUAUAUUUGCAUGACCUCUUUUGCACAAGGAUGUCUCAAGAUGCAUAAGUAUGUUUGCUCCAUGAUCUAUAGUUAUUGAAAGUUCCACUUUAUCCAGUAUCAGGGACAGGACCUGGUGUCAGGAGAAACUCAAGUUUAAAUAUCAACUCACAUGCCAGAUCUUUUUUUUAGCCUUGGAAAAGUUAUCUAAUCUCUCCUUUCUUCAGGUCCUAAAUCAGGAAAAUGGGAUUAAAAUGCCAACCUACCUCACUUAGAUGUUGUGACAGUUGAUAGUGUUUGUUGAAAGGGAAAGUAAAACCUGGUCAUAGAUUUUUCUACUUUUACUAUCAGUAUGUGUGGGUAUGGAUUCAGUAAAUCCCCAACAAGAAUCAGUUCCUUCUAAAGAGAGUGUUUGACCCAUCAUAGAAUACAUUUAUACACCAAAAUUCCCUCUUUAAAUUAAGCUGAAAUUAAUGCCAUUGGUGUAAUUCUUCUAAUAAUUUCCAGCUAUGUGGGGUUUUUUUCCUCCUUUAACAUAUUUCAAGUUUAUGGAUUUCCAAGAUUUUAAAUAAGGCUUCAUAUCAAAUACUAAACCAUUAGGUUGAAUCUGCUUUUCUAUUGUUAAAUAGCUCUCUUGACCUUGUUCAUUACUCAAUCAAGUUCAAUACAAGAACUUUGAGAGUGGGGAAAGAACCAUAGCAAGAGACAUGCCAGUGCUUUUUAAAAGGCAAACACAAAAUGUUUCCUAGAUCCUCUUCCCUUUGUGCUUUCCUAUAACAAUGCUGCUUGGCAGCAAUGAUUUUUUUUUUCCUGAGGAGAUCAGUUUGUUUGAAAUACGGUGGCACUUUAAAGUGAAGGCCAGUUGGAAGGACACCAAUAAAAAUACCAACUCAGCUUAAAACAAUUUGAUUUCAACUGCAAAAUGAAAUAUUUGCAGUACACAUAUAUAAUGGCAAGCAGGCUAUUCUACUUAUCAAGAAUAUUCCCUAAUGAAAAUCACAACACUAGAUUCAUUUGAAGCUGUCUUCCCCCUGUGAUGAAAAAAAAAUACCACACUCCCCCCCCAUCCCUGCCACCACCAAUUCCCCACGCAAAAAGCAACUAUUAAUCUCAGUAAAGAAAAUAAUCACCCAGAACUCAGUGACUGCUCUGAUUCAACAUUUCUCUAAAAUUACUGGUUCAUUUUGACCUUUCCAUAGAAAAAAUAUAUUCUGCAUUGGCUAUUUAAAGGACUAAUUAUUUUCCAUUGAAGGGCAGAGGGGUAGUGAUUAAAGAAAAAAGUUCUUGUAUUAUUUUUUCCAAUUUAAGCCAAUUCAACAAGCAUUUAAAUAUCCGCUAUAUGCCAGGCUCGGUUCUAGGGCUUGGGAGAUAACAAAGAUAAAUCUGAAAAUGAUCCAUGCCCUCAGGGAGCUUACAUUUUAUUCAUCUUCUGAUGGUUCUAUUUAUACUCACACUACUCAUGGGGGUAUUUCCACAGGUCAGACCUUCAUGGUGGGGGGAAACAGUAGAUUGUCUAGUAGCAUGACAGCCUUUUCUAAUAUCCAGAGGAUGACUUUGCUAUUAGCUUUCAUGUUAACCAAUUCGAAAUAGCUUAUACAAUUAGUGUUUCUAGGAAGCCUGGGGACAUUGCCUAAGGCAAAGUCUAUGGAAUAGAAAAUAAUUUAGUUUUCUUUUAAAAUGUAUGGUCCAGGAGUCUAUAGGUCUAUGAAAAUUGAUGGGUGCAUUUCAAAAUUUCCCCCAAAAUCUCUAUUUUUGUAUAGUCUUCAAUCUUAACAUUGUUAUUCUCCUACAUUACAUUAAUGAAUUUUAGAACUGUUAUAACUUUGAUUUCUUCUUUGAUCAAACUAACAACUCUCAAGAUAAAACUCAAUAGGUUGUAAGGUUGAGUCUAAAGAUUUGGUUACAUUAUAUGCCUCCCUUUUUUGGCAAAGAAAAAUCAAGCACUUUAAUAUGUUGCUGUUUUUUCAGUUCUGAAUUCUCUCCAUCCCUCCAGGCUCUCUCCCACCCAUUGAGAAGACAAAAAAAAUCAUACUUAUUAUACAUAUUUAGUUAUACAAACAUAUUUCCACAUUAGCCAUGUUGCAAAAAAUGCAAGAAAAAAUAAAGUGAAGGAAAAUAUGCUUUAAUCUGCACUUAGAGUUCAUCAAUUCUCUCUCUGGAGAUGGAUAGCAUUUUUCAUCAUGACUUGGAAUUGUUAAGGAUUGUUGUAUUGCUAGAUUAGCUAAGUCUUUUGCAGUUAAUUGUUGUUACAAUGUUGCAUUUACUGUGUACAAUGUUCUCCUAAUUCUUUUUCCUUCAUUCUGUAUCAGCUCAUAAAAGUCUUCACAUUUUUUUCUGAAACCAUCCCCUUUGACAUGUCUAAUAGCUCAAUGGUAUUCCACAAAAACCAUAUACCACAAUCUGUUCAGCCAUUCUCCAAUUGAUGAACAUAUUCUCAGUUUCUAAUUCUUUGCAAUUACAAAAAGAGCUGCUAUAAAUAUUUAUGUACCUAUGAGUUCUUUUCUUUUUUCUUUGAUUUACUUGAGAUACAGAUCUAGUUGUGGCAUUGCUAGGUCAUGCACAACCCUUUGGGCAUAAUUACUCCAGAAUAUUGUACCAAUACACAAAUCCACCCACAGUGCAUUAGUUUAACUAUUUCCACAUCCUCUCCAACAUUUGUCAUUUUCUUUUUCUGUUGUCUUAGCCAAUCUAAUGGUUAUGAACUGCUUUAAUGUAUAUUACUCUAAUUAUUAGUGAUUUAGAGCAUUUUUCAUAUGACCAUAGAUAGCUUUGAUUUCUUCUUCUUCUUAAACCUGCUUGUACAUAUACUUUGAUCAAUUACCAAUCAGAAAAUGGACUUCUGGUGCUUUUUUUAUACAUUUAGCUCAGUUUCCUUAUAUUUCAGAAAUUAGACCUUUUUCAGAAAAAUCUGUAAAAAAAUUCCAAGUUCCCUUCCUUCCUUCUAAUUUUGGCUACAUUUAUUAUAUUUCCUUAAAAUUAUGAUACUGGCAAUUAUUUCAUCUUGGGGUAAGUAUUGCUAAAGAUUGCCCUUUGUGGCUCAUAAACAAUCAAAGACAGCUCUCCCUCCUUCACAGUUGGAAAUUUUCCCCAAAAAUAUUUCCAUUGCUAUUUAAUCCAACUGCUAGUUUAUUUAGAACAUGAUUCCUAGAAUUGAAAAGAAAGUUCAAGUUCCUAGAUGAAAUCCUGAUGGCAUAAUAAAAUAUAGAAUCAAAUCUUAAGGAUAUUUAUUGAAAUCUCUAGUAACAAUAUUGUAGUUAGGAUUUUCUUUCCUUAUUUUAUAAGAAUCAUGUAGGAAACUACCUAUCUAAAUGAAAAUAUCCACACCUAGGGGCAGCUAGAUGGCGCAGUGGAUAGAGCACCGGCCCUGGAAUCAGGAGUACCUGAGUUCAAAUCCGGCCUCAGACACUUAACACUUAACUAGCUGUGUGACCCUGGGCAAGUCACUUAACCCCAAUUGCCUCACUAAAAAAAUAUAUAUAUCCACACCUAGAGAUGGAUCUAAUUGUUUUAUCUUUUUCAUAAUAUAUUAUAAAAUCCUAAAUCUGUUAAUUAAAAUAUAGAACUGCAGAUGAGGACACCAAAGUUUUCUUCCCUUUCUUCCACUAAUCUAUUAUGAAACCUUUGGCCUUUUGGCAUGUCAGUUUCCCCAUUUGUCCAAAAUGGACAGUAUAAUACUCCUCUACCCUUACAAAGGGGCUGUAAGAAUUCAUCAUUUUAGUUAGCUUUCAGAUACCUUGAUGCAAAGUAUCAUAAAAGGUCAGAAUUUUAUUAUCACCAGUCAUUUUCCGAAUGCUACCUAUGUAUGGAGUUUGAUAAAUGUUUUUAAAUUGCGACUUUG